CAAAAACAUAAAACUAAAAACAGAAAAAUGAAGAUGACAUUGGUAAUAUUGGUCCUUAUAGUUGCCUUGAGCACAAAGGCACUUCUUGGUGCAGCUGGUCCUGCACCUGAGCAAGUGCUGGACACAGCAGGGAAGAUAGUUCGAGCUCGUUCGAGUUACUACAUCGUUCCGGCUUCCCCCGAUUUAGGUGGCCUUGAUAUGGCAAGCACAGGUGCAGAUUGCCCUCUUGAUGUUGUAGCUGUUGAUGGUUACCAAGGCCAGCCUUUGAUCUUUACACCUGUUAAUUUUAACAAAGGUGUCAUUCGUGUUUCCACUGAUCUCAACAUCUAUUUCCCCGUUGGCACAAGUUGUCCACAGACCACAGCGUGGAAGCUUAAGGACUAUGAUUAUUCAACAUCACAGUGGUUUGUGACUACUGGUGGUGAUUUUGGCAACCCCGGUUCGCAAACCGUGGCGAAUUGGUUCAAGAUUGAGAAGUAUGAGGAUGCUUACAAGUUGGUCUACUGUCCAAGUGUGUGUAACGAUUGCAGUUAUCCAUGCAGUGAUAUUGGAAUAUACCAGGAUGAAUAUGGCAAGCGUCUUGCUCUAAGUUCUGAACCAUACAAAGUGAAGUUCCAGCGGGCUUGAUUAUUGAAUUGAUAACAAAACUAAUUAAAGCAUAAUGAAUAAGUGUAAUGAACUACUUUAUGCUUUUGCUGCAUAUAUGGUAAUUCUCAUGUUGAGUUCCUUGCCACGGACUUGAUAAUAAAUAAACAAGUUACUUUCUAUUUUUAGUCUUUUGAAAAUUUCUAGUUUCUGUUCGUCUUUGUCAUUGUUUGCAAUUGGCAUGCAUAUUCGUGAUUUACAAUGGAGGCUUUUACAUUGCAAUGAAGGUGGCCGUUAGACUGGUGGAAAAUGGGUAAAACACUUUGUUCUGGAGUGGUUUCCAUGGUAAAUGGAGGGAGAGCGUAUUUAUGGGAGUGGAGAUAGCAAUACCACAGGAAUAGCGUUGUUUUUAGUUUCCAUUGUAAAAUGUCCCCAAACCUGGUCUCGUUUUCUCGGUUGGUGUAUGAAUCCGCUUCUGUGCUUGUCCACAUCUCUUAGCUUCGUGGGAGGCUCUGUUUUAUUAGCCUGUGGGUACUAUAGAAAUAGCAUUUUGGAAGGCUUUUUGUGUCUAUAGUUUUUUAGUUCAUGUUUUUUAGUGUAUAGCUUUCUGCGUCUAGAGUGACUGUACAAUUUAAUGUUACGAGAUCAAUUCAAAGUGAAUAAGAAGUAACUUUACA